GAGCGCUGAAAUGUAACAAACCCGCAGCAGCAAGUGCCCAGAGACUCGAGAUUGCACCAUGGCUGAAGCUGAUAUUGCACUGAUUGGAUUGGCUGUGAUGGGCCAAAACCUGAUCUUAAACAUGAACGAUCAUGGUUUUGUGGUCUGCGCCUUCAACAGGACUGUUUCCAAAGUGGACAGCUUCUUGGAAAAUGAGGCUAAAGGGACCAAAGUGAUUGGUGCCCACAGUCUGGAGGAAAUGGUCUGCAAGUUGAAAACCCCUCGGCGCAUUGUUCUCCUGGUCAAGGCGGGUCAGGCUGUCGACGAUUUCAUCCAGAAACUGGUUCCACUGUUGGAAAAAGGUGACAUCAUUAUUGAUGGUGGGAACUCAGAAUACAGAGACACAACGAGGAGAUGCAAAGAACUGAAAGCCAAGGGUCUGCUGUUUGUCGGGAGCGGGGUUAGCGGUGGAGAAGAUGGAGCACGAUAUGGACCCUCUCUAAUGCCUGGUGGCCACAAAGAAGCUUGGCCGCAUAUCAAGCCCAUUUUCCAGAGCAUUGCUGCCAAGGUUGGAACUGGUGAGGCCUGUUGUGACUGGGUAGGUGACGAAGGGGCAGGUCACUUUGUGAAGAUGGUGCACAAUGGUAUCGAGUACGGGGACAUGCAGUUAAUCUGCGAGGCCUAUCAGCUGAUGAAGGAUAUUCUCCAAAUGGACCAUGAUGAAAUGGCCAAGGUAUUUGAGGAAUGGAACAAGACGGAACUGGAUUCAUUCCUGAUUGAGAUCACAGCGAACAUCCUUAAAUUUCGGGAUCCCAAUGGGAAGCCACUACUGCCCCAGAUCAAAGACUCUGCAGGCCAGAAGGGCACGGGGAAGUGGACGGCUAUUUCCUCACUGGAAUUCGGAGUGCCAGUCACCCUUAUUGGUGAGGCUGUCUUUGCGAGGUGCCUAUCCUCUCUGAAAGACGAACGGUUAACAGCUGCCAAACAACUGGCAGGACCUAAAGAACCGAAGUUCUCGGGGGACAAAAAGACAUUCCUGGAGGAUAUACGCCAGGCUCUCUACGCUUCGAAGAUUAUCUCCUACGCCCAGGGAUUCAUGCUCUUGAGACAAGCAGCCAAAGAGUUUAACUGGUCUCUGAAUUACGGUGGAAUCGCACUGAUGUGGAGAGGAGGCUGUAUUAUCAGGAGUGUCUUUCUGGGCAAAAUUAAAGAUGCUUUCGAUGCAAAUCCGGAUUUGCAGAACCUGCUGCUGGACCAGUUCUUCACGAAAGCUGUUCAGAAUUGCCAGGAAUCCUGGCGUCGUGUGGUUAGCACUGGGGUACAGAUGGGCAUCCCUAUGCCCUGUUUCAGCACUGCUUUGUCCUUCUAUGAUGGUUACCGACAUCGGAUGCUUCCAGCAAACCUGAUCCAGGCACAAAGGGAUUACUUUGGUGCCCACACGUACGAGCUGCUCUGCAAUCCUGGCAAAUUCAUCCACACAAACUGGACUGGUCAUGGAGGAAAUGUCUCCUCGUCUUCAUACAACGCAUAAGCUACCAGCCAUUGGCACUGAGCCAUUUUGGAAAAAUAACAUUCCACCAGAGUAGAUAUUUUAAAGAAAGGCAUAGUUUUGAAUCUUCUAAAUUGAGGCUUUCGCUGUCUUGUGCUAACGUCUGGUCGAGAAACAGUGAAACCCGUUUUCAAUAAGUCCCAAAUCUUUAGGCCAAAUUGAAAGUUUUCGUAAAUAAUAAAAUAUGUGUAAACCGUA